UUAGCUAUUUUAUUCAACGUGUUUUUGCUUGUAUUUUGCUGAUUUCCACGUCAUCUUUGAUGUUGUUAUGGCCGAAUUUAACCCUUUUCAAAUCAAACGAAUAACAUCUGAUGUAAAGAUAGAAGAGAACAACAAUCUAUCUGAAAAAGAACCACAGCAAAAGUAUCAGUAUCAGUUGCCGCCACCAACUCCUACAUCUCCUUCCUUACCUCCUUUGAUCUCUACCACUAUUUCUGUUGGCCGACAGCAACAGCAACAGCAACCUAACGCGUCACAGACUGCUUCUUUACUUACGCCAUCCUCACCUGCGGGCCAGCAAACGCAAUUUCCUACACCCACGCCUACUUCUGUGACAGAGUCCGUCACAGCCCAACCUCAUCCACCACCUACCUCACAUCCCAUUAUUGCUCCUCAGCAGAAAAAUCAAACAAAAACCACCAUGCUGCAAAAUAAACCCGAGCUGAUAGAUAUGAAAAUUCGAAAGGUAGAAGACGCGAAAUUGAUAAGCGCUCUUCACGACAUUUUCUAACCAUGCUUUGCUCUUUAUUAUCUCUUUCUAGAAUGCUUGUGUUGUAUGCAGUAUUUGUUUCACUUGCGCAAAAUUCUAUGGUAUUGAUUGUCAAUGUCCUGAAGUUCAACCGAGA